UUAGUGAGAUUUGAUGGUUUUUGGUCAAUUUUUGAAGAAAAAUAAAAGAUGUCAACACUUACGGACCUGAAUUGUCGAAUUUGUUUAACAAAAUGUACGGAUAAAGAUAAAAAUUUCAAGGAUUUCUCACAGACUUUAUCAAAUUUCAUCAAAUUUGAGUUCAUCGAGGAUGUUGUUCCACAGAAAAUUUGUUCAAACUGCACUAAAAUCAUCAAAAGUAUCGAAAAUUUUCACAAAACCUGCAAGAAAACGGAAAAAGUAUUAGAAAAAUGUAAAAUUACGAAAGAAAUUAAGACUGAAGAUGACUUUCCUGUUAAAAUCGAAGCUGAUCCUCCUCCAAAAGAUGCACUUCCAACCAAACCCGUCAAGCAAAAAUACAAAUUUUGUGAAAUUUGUGGGAAAGAAGUCCAUAUUUCGUAUUUUAAAGUUCAUCAAGAGUCCCAUUCACCGCAAAAAUCCUCGAAAAAUCCCUUUAGUUGCGAUUAUUGUGGGCAUAGAUGUUUCACAAAAGCCGCAAUUCUCUUUCACAUCCGCCAAAAACACUUGAAACUCAUCAAUUAUCAAUGCAAAUACUGCCCGCAAAGUUAUUCGACACGAAAUUCGUUGACUUUUCACACGGCGAUGAAACACACGGGUGAAUUUUCGCAUUUCUGUGAGAUUUGUGGCAAAGGAUUCAUCUCCGCAUCGCGUUUAGUGACGCAUUCUUCGAUUCAUACGGAUUUGAGGAGUUUUGUUUGCGAAAUUUGUAAAGAUUCGUUCAAGUCGAAGCAGUAUUUGGGAUAUCACAAGCGAGAAGUUCACUCGGAAAAGACGUUCGCGUGUGAAAAUUGCUCAAAAACGUUCAAAUGUAUGAAGCUGCUGAGGCAACAUCGACAUUUUCAUGGUCCAAAUAGGUUUAAAUGCGUCGUUUGUCCUCAGAGUUUUUCUACGGGACAGACUUUGAGGAGUCAUUUGAAGAAAAAUCAUCCGGAAUUGCCAGUUGCACCGCCGGGAUCGAAUUUGAGGAAUUUGUCAAGCUUAGAUUGUUAUUUAUUGCUUUGUAAUUGAGAAAAAAUAAAUGAGA